UGUAUGCAGUCUCUCUCCAAACCAACAGAUCAUCAGGUCCAGAGACAAAGAACGGAAUUAGCAAUAGCAAGGACAUGGGUUCUGGGAAUUUUCUCCAAGUGGUGGCCAAGAACUUUGAUGUUCUUGCAUUGCCUCUAGUCACACUCGUUUAUCCACUGUAUGCUUCAAUCAGGGCUAUAGAGACCAAGUCUCGUACUGAUGAUCAGCAAUGGCUUACAUAUUGGGUUCUCUAUUCUAUGCUCACAAUCUUUGAGCUCACAUUCGCCAAAGUCCUUGAAUUGCUCCCCAUUUGGCCUUAUGCUAAGCUUAUUACGACAUGCUGGUUAGUCCUACCGCACUUCAAUGGGGCAGCACAUGUGUACAAGAACUUCAUCAGGCCAUUCUACAUGAACCCACAACUGCAAACUUCUCAAAUCUGGUAUAUCCCACGAAAGAAGGACAUCUUCAGUAAGCCAGAUGACGUUCUCACAGCUGCCGAGAAAUACAUUGAAGAGAACGGGACAGAAGCAUUUGAAAAGCUUAUAAGCAAGGCUGGUAGUCAUAGAGAAGCUAGAGCCAGAAGGAGCAGCAAUUACAUGAUCUUCGAUGAUGAUUAUAUAUACUGAAGUCAAGUGUGGGCUCUAUAUGAUGAUUAUAUAUAUAUAUAUGCUACCCUUCUUUCCUAAUUCCGGUCUGUAGCUGUUUAAAGAUGCUAUAAAUCUUAAUAUCAUCUAUUUUGUGUUAGCAUUUUUUCUUCUUAAACCUUGAGUGUCUUUCAUGGUUUGUAAUUAUUUUUGUCUUUUCUCUUAUUGCUAUUGUACCUAUGCAGAUAAAGAGUGGCGAGAUAUAA